CAGUCUUUUUUUUUCAAACUAAUUAUCACUCUCAUAAAAUGGAUAAAUUUAAGGAGAAAGUUAGUUCUCUUCGCGCUGACCUUGAUGCUUCUCAUGCUAAAAAUGAAGAGUUAACAAAUGAAAAGAAAAAAUUAGAAGAAGAAAUGACGGCAAAAGAACAAGAAGCUAGUGGGCUUUCGAAAAAAGUUGAAAAACUUGAAAAUGAUUUAGAUGAGACUGAAAAGACUUUGAGAGAAACCACGGAAAAACUACGUGAACUUGAAAUCAAAUUCGAAAACAGCGAACGUCAAGUUGCUAAACUUGAACAAGAAAAGAUAAAGUUAGAGGAGACUAUCGAGGAACAAAGUGAGAAAUUUAAACAGAAAGAGAAAGAACUUGAAGAAACUCUAAAGUCUAUCGAAAAUUUGUAAAAGAAUUCUUUAUAGUCAUCCAUAUAUUAGUUGAACCAUAUUUGUAUGUAUUGUAUUUUAUUUUCAUAGUGCGUUUUUAUUAAUUAAAUUUUUUUAUUUUCAUUAAAUAACUGAAUUAUUAAAUUAUUAAAUUAUAUACAACUAUUUAUAUUACAUUUUAUAGAUAUAUUUUUAUUUUUUUUCUGGGUUUUAGUUGAACAAGAAACUUAAAUUAAUUUAAU